AAAAGUCGUGUCGACACUGAGGCACACGAGAGCACGACGUCGAUUCAGCUGGAAAGCUCUACUCUUCCACGCUCUUUCUCUCUCUUUCUCUCUCUCUCUCUCUCUCUCUCUCUCUCUCUUUCUGUCUGUCUCGUCGAGUGAGUCCGAUUAUAGCCUAAAGCUUUCGCUCCUUCCUUUUUUUCGGCGUUUUUUUAUCCUGCGUAAAAGUGUAAAGUUUAUGUGUGCGGAAGUUAACAACACUGCGUGUCAACGAUAAUCAAACUAUUAACAUAGAACUAAGCCCCUACCUACAUCAGGAGUAGCUUACGCGAAAUACCAUGUCGGACAGUGAAGAAACUGAUGUUUCUUACGCCGACUGGAAUAUAUCUCGCGACUGGCUGGAGGGUGUCCUGCAAGAGUACCUCGGCAAAGACUCGCAGCCCGAGGUCGUCGAGUUCACCAUCAGACCCGGCUGCAACAGCGGCGAGAGUGUACUCAGCGACAUCCUGGCAAUCGGUCUAGAGUACCGACGAGCGCCUCAGCAAGCAGCCGAGCAGAUCAACCUCAUUGUCAAGCGACUGCCGCAGGAUCCGUACAGUCGGUUUUUCGUCACCGAGGCUCAGUUCGAUCUUCGAGAGAUCAGGUUCUAUACGCAGGUCAUUCCCGAUCUCGAGGUGUUUCAACGGAAAAAUCGCCAGGAGUCGGCGCCGCCAAUCGAGCUGCCGAUAGCCCGAUGCAUACACGCGCACUACAGUCCGGCGAGCGGCAGCGAGGAGAGCCCCGAGCCACCCGAGUCCUAUUUGGUCCUGGAAAAUCUCGCUUCCAAGGGAUACGAGAGCGCCGAAUUUUCCCGUGGCUUGACGUUGAAACAAGCCGAGGCUGCGCUCGACGCGAUCGCUAGAUUACACGCUCUCUCGCUGACCUUAAAAGUCAAGGAGGGCAAGCCCUUGAACGAGAGGUAUCCCUUUCUCUUUCAGACUGCCAGAGCCACGGACUCUUAUCAACAAUUGGUCGAACGCGGUCUGCCUCAACUAGCUCGUUUUCUCGAGCGUCGUCCAGGUCUCGAGGCCGUGCUCGAGGCCCUACUCGCUCUGCGUCCUCGCACCAAAGAGGUCAUUGCGAACCUCUUGGCGCCAGAAGAUCCAUUGGCUCUCAUUACCCACACGGAUUUCUGGUGCAAUAAUCUGCUGUUUCGAGCCAACGACGACGGUGCCUGCGAGUGCGCCAUCCUCGACUGGCAAAUGGUCACCUACAGUCGGCCGACCAACGACGUGGCUCUUCUCGUCGUCAGCAGUCUACCGACGGAGCUGCGCCGUCGACACACCUCGGCUCUGCUCGACGGUUACUGGAACAGCCUCACUGGCAGCUGCUCGACUCUGGGCCUCGACGUUUCUAGCCAGCUGAAUUACACCAGGUCGGACCUGGAUCGAGAUUACAGGCGCUCGACGCUGCUGGCCCUGCUGUUGUGCAUCGGCUCGGUCGACGUGGCCCUCGGCGAUCCCAUGACCGAGCAGAGGCUCAUCGAUGUGCUCGAGGACUUGCAAAACGAGGGAGUGCUCGCCUUCAAGGACGUCGUUGAACAACAGCAGCAGCAAACCUGAGUGCUCAUGGCCGACGAGGUUUAAGAGCGCACCAAUCUCGACACGAGCCAAAAGUAAUGAGCACAAUACUCCAAAUCGAACAGUAUUAAUGUAUCAGUAUUGACGCGAGUGAUGAUGGCACUUUUGCGGAUUUGCUUCGACACUCUUUCUGUUUUAUUAUAUUCGUAGCCAAGCUUGUUAUAAAAAGUUAUAUCGUUUUCGAUUGCUCAAGGAAUUAUCUGUUUUUUUUUUUCAAUAGCGCACAAAUUUAGCUUCUCUCUCACGGCUGUAAUCAAAGAAGCGGAGAAGAGCAAGGUAGUGUCCUUUUAUUAUAUCGCGCAUGUUUACGCUCGAUACAUGAAUGAAAUUGAUAAGCAAAGGGAAUACGUAUAUGUCGGUAUACAGCAUGGAUAUUAUUAUAUUAAACGUCUGUAAUAUUGUGAAUGUGAGCGCGAAAUCGGAGGUCGCGUCCUUCGAAUCCACAAGUAUAUUUAUUUACAUGUAUAUUGUAUCGAGAACUUGUGAGACUGUUGUGAUCUUGCGUAUGAGUGCGACAUAUAAAAUCAUAAAAAAUAAUUGUUACAAACGAGAGAGCUUUGAUGAUUGAUAUUCACGGAUGCGCGAAGUUCGCGCGAUGUAUCAAUUACUAGGUAUUAUCAUUAUAUAAAUAUUGAAAAAUACGAUUAGGUGCGUGCGAAACAUGUAUCAUAUUGUACGAAGUAGCAAGCUUUUUUCAUUUGUAUAAUAAAUUUAAAAAAAAAUGAAAUAAAGGCUGAGAGUUUAGCUAAUUAAUGCCUUGUUUUUUAAUCAAUGCGGAAUAGGAGAAAUGCAGUCCUAGAAACUAUAUAAAAAAAGUGAUACCUAUAAUAGCAAAGCUAGUUUUACGAAACAACUUCCAUAUAAAGUGUAAUUCGAUGAUGUCAUUUUACCAGUACACAUACACAUGCGUUAUGUGAGCUUUGCAAGUUACGAAGCGUCAAUCGAUUUUGCAUGUAACUAUUAAUUGCCAAAACGUUAUAUGCUGCGAUGACUCAAUAUCAUGAGUAUACGAUGUACUGAUAUUAUUAAUAAAUCAAUAAUUGCCCAAUUGCGACGGCCUGACAUCGCUCGGGCGUGAAAAUGACGUCGAGUGAUUUUAAUGGCUGGCGUAGAUUUAUUAUGCAAACGUAAUUUUUUAUUCAAUCAACUUUCAUUAGCCGAUAUAACUCAUUUGUUAUUCGUGUCCGAUAAGACUUAUAUAGUGCAGCGCUGAGCACACGAUUCACAUCUCGAUAGUCAAUCGAAAAAAAAAUUUCUUGACGCGUACACACGGCCAACGUCAAGGCUUCUCAUUUGCACAUUUUUGCCAGCAACAGUUUUAUGUGUUCGUCAAAAAAACCGUACUCAAAAAAACAAGAGAUAGGGCACAAACAAUGUAUAUAGCAUUACACGAUUCGAUUGUAUCCACUAUCAUAGAUUUGUUUUUUAAAACAAACAAUAUGCGUACGCACGUAUACUCGUUGUAGACUUUGUUUUAAUGACGUUCACAUACGUAUGCGGAUUUUCCAAACGGUGAGAUUUCGGUCGAUAAUCCGUGUGUUAAAUUUGUAUACGCAAGAGCAAAUUAGGUACAAGGCUAACGUGAGAUUACGCAGAAAUGAAACGCGAGAGAGCAAGAGAGAGAGAGAAAGUAUAGAAUCAAAACGACAGUAAUAAUGUACAUACAACUGCUUUGUAAUGUAACGAUGACAUUAUAAAAAGAGAGAUUUACGCAAACAAUAGUUUAGUAAAUGAAAUUAUUGGUCUCGUGGUUGACAUUUAUAUUAUUAUCAGUCCGAGUGCGUAUAAGUUCUGCCGGGUGAGUAAUAUGAUAAUUAUGUAAAAAACGCAGCAAAAAUUAUAAUCACAGCGCACGUUCAUGCAUGUAGACAAAUCUGCCAAUCAAAGAUUAAUUUUAUGUAAACGGUGGCGAUUCAAAAAAAAAAAAAAAGGUAAAAACGUUUCUUGAUUUUCUUAGUUUUUCCAAUACGAUUUUUUUGAUCUGGAUUUCUCAAAAUAAUCGAGCACGUUCUGUCACUUAUGUAUACGCUACGCAAAAAUUACACAUGUGUGCUUGAUCGUCGAAAACUAUUGCAGCGUAUUUUUCUUGCGAAAUCGCGUAAACGCCGCAGUGCGCAAUCGAUUGACACAUACUCGCGAUCGGGAAUCGAGCGACUUCUAUUUAAUCGAUAAUUAAGUGGCGUUAAUAUGCAUAAUCUAUCGUUCAACGCUGCUCGAGAGUGUGCAUAGAGACAAAAAGUAAGUGAUGAAAAAAAAAACGAUAGAUCAUAAGGCUUCCUGCGACAUAUAUAAUAAGUACUAUGUAUUUUUGUUCUUCGUCGAUUGCGCCUAGCUGUAUUACGAAAUUCAGACAAAGAAUAAAUUCGUGUUUUUUUGAG